AUGUCGUCCAUCUUUGAACUCUCCCCUCGCUGUCAGGACCUGCAAAAGCGCCUCGUAGAUUUUGUCGAGAACGACUGUCUGCCUGCUGAGGACAUCUACGAAAGUCAAGUUGGGAAGGGCGACCAGCGCUGGAAGGUGGUACCCCCAAUUAUCGAGGAGCUGAAGGCAAAGGCGAGGUCAUUAGGGCUCUGGAACUUGUUCUUGCACAAGGGGUAUCCUGAGGGUCCUGGACUCACCAAUCUCGAGUAUGCGACCUUGUGCGAAAUCACCGGACGAUGCCCUCGAGUCGCGCCCGAGGCGCUGAACUGCUCGGCACCAGAUACAGGAAACAUGGAGGUCUUUGCGAAAUACGGCACCGCCGCCCAGAAACAAAAAUACCUCGUCCCGCUUAUGAACGGCGAAAUCCGAUCCGCCUUCGCCAUGACCGAGAUCGCAGUCUCCUCCUCGGACGCAACCAACAUCGAGACCAGGAUCGAUCGUAUCGGAGACCACUACAUCAUCAACGGACACAAGUGGUGGAUCUCAGGGGCGGGUGAUCCACGGUGCAAGGUUUUCUUGGUCAUGGGAAAAUCGGACCCCGGGAAUGAGAGUGCGUAUAAGCAACAGUCGAUUGUUAUUGUGGAUGCUAAGACGCCCGGGGUGGAGGUUGUGAGGCCUAUGACGGUAUUUGGGUAUGAUGAUGCACCGGAGGGGCACUGUGAGGUCAAGUUUGUGAACGUUAAGGUGCCGGUGUCGAACAUUAUUGCGGGUGAGGGGCGUGGGUUUGAGGUCAUUCAAGGUCGUCUUGGACCCGGACGCAUCCAUCACUGCAUGCGCGCAAUUGGAAUGGCAGAAAGGACGUUGGACCUGAUGAUUGCGCGUGUGACAGACCCCUCCCGCCGGACAUUUGGACACAUCCUAGCCCGUCAUGGUACCAUCGCUGCCGACGUUGCUAAGAUCAGGAUCGAAAUCAACGCCGCCCGUCUGUUGGUCCUUUCGGCCGCUGACAAGAUCGACAAGGUCAGUGCCAAGGGUGCCCUGCGCGACAUUGCAAUGGCCAAGGUCAUGGUCCCAAACAUGCUGCAAAAAGCUAUUGAUUUGGCUAUUCAGGCGUUUGGUGCUGCUGGUGUCAGUCAGGAUACUCCCUUGGCGCGGUUCCAUGCUGCCGCUAGGUCCCUUCGUAUUGCAGAUGGCCCUGACGAGGUUCAUAUUCAGCAAUUAGCGCGGUUUGAGCUGUUUAGAGGAGACGAUAUUCGUGAGAAGCAGGAGGCGACUAAAAGACGCCGUGCACAGAUCCUUGCCAACAAUUCUAAACUCUGA